UUGAUUCUUCAGAUGGCCGCCAGGAGCGGGUCAUGUUUGACAAAAUUACAUCUCGAAUUCAGAAGCUUUGUUAUGGACUCAAUAUGGACUUUGUUGAUCCUGCGCAGAUCACCAUGAAGGUAAUACAAGGCUUAUACAGUGGGGUCACCACAGUGGAACUAGAUACUUUGGCUGCUGAAACAGCUGCGACCUUGACUACCAAGCAUCCUGACUAUGCCAUCUUGGCAGCAAGGAUUGCAGUCUCUAAUUUGCACAAAGAAACAAAGAAAGUGUUCAGUGAUGUGAUGGAGGACCUUUCUAAUUACAUAAAUCCACACAAUGGCAAACAUUCUCCUAUGGUGGCCAAGUCAACCCUGGAUAUUGUUUUGGCCAAUAAAGAUCGCCUGAAUUCUGCUAUUAUCUAUGACCGAGAUUUCUCUUAUAAUUACUUUGGCUUUAAGACACUGGAGCGUUCCUAUUUGUUGAAGAUCAAUGGAAAAGUGGCUGAAAGACCACAACACAUGUUGAUGAGGGUAUCUGUGGGGAUUCACAAAGAAGACAUUGAGGCUGCCAUUGAAACAUAUAACCUUCUUUCUGAGAAGUGGUUUACUCACGCGUCUCCUACUCUCUUCAAUGCUGGUACCAACCGCCCACAACUUUCGAGCUGUUUCCUUCUGAGUAUGAAAGAUGAUAGCAUUGAAGGCAUUUAUGAUACUCUAAAGCAAUGUGCAUUGAUUUCUAAGUCUGCUGGGGGAAUUGGUGUUGCUGUGAGUUGUAUUCGGGCUACUGGCAGCUACAUUGCUGGGACUAAUGGCAAUUCUAAUGGCCUUGUACCCAUGCUAAGAGUGUAUAACAACACAGCUCGAUAUGUGGAUCAAGGUGGAAACAAGCGUCCUGGAGCAUUUGCUAUUUACCUGGAGCCUUGGCACUUAGACAUCUUUGAGUUCCUUGAUUUAAAGAAGAACACAGGAAAGGAGGAACAGCGUGCAAGGGAUCUUUUCUUUGCCCUUUGGAUUCCAGAUCUUUUCAUGAAACGUGUAGAGACUAAUCAGGACUGGUCUUUGAUGUGUCCAAAUGAGUGUCCUGGUCUGGAUGAGGUUUGGGGAGAGGAAUUUGAGAAGUUAUAUGAAAGUUAUGAGAAACAGGGCCGGGUCCGCAAAGUUGUAAAAGCUCAGCAGCUUUGGUAUGCCAUCAUUGAGUCUCAGACAGAGACGGGUACCCCAUACAUGCUCUACAAAGAUUCCUGCAAUCGGAAGAGCAACCAGCAAAACCUGGGAACAAUCAAAUGCAGCAACCUAUGCACAGAAAUAGUAGAGUAUACCAGCAAAGAUGAGGUUGCAGUUUGUAACUUGGCUUCCUUGGCCCUGAAUAUGUAUGUCACAUCAGAACACACUUAUGACUUUAAGAAACUGGCUGAAGUCACUAAAGUCAUUGUUCGAAAUUUGAAUAAAAUUAUUGAUAUAAACUACUACCCUGUUCCAGAGGCAUAUUUAUCAAAUAAACGCCAUCGCCCCAUUGGAAUUGGAGUACAAGGUCUAGCAGAUGCUUUUAUCCUGAUGAGGUAUCCUUUUGAGAGUGCAGAGGCCCAGUUAUUGAAUAAGCAAAUCUUUGAAACUAUUUAUUAUGGAGCCUUGGAAGCCAGCUGUGACCUAGCCAAGGAACUUGGCCCAUAUGAGACCUAUGAGGGCUCUCCAGUAAGCAAAGGAGUAAGUAUAUGGAUGAAAUUUCUUUUUGCCUAUGUACCUAUAAUGGGCUGA